UUUGAAGAAAUUUGCCCAAAAACACUUCAUUCCUUUCAUUUUUCCACAAAAGGAAACCCUUUUAUUUUCUUUCCAAGAAUCUCGUUUUGGGUAUUGAAUUCAUACAGCCAAAUCCCAGAAGAACAGCAUCGAAAUAAGGUGGGAGGUUGAAAAUAAUGACGAGACAGAAAAUUCAGAUAAAGAAAAUAGACAACAUAGCAGCAAGGCAAGUGACUUUCUCAAAGAGAAGAAGAGGGCUAUUCAAAAAAGCUCAUGAACUAGCCACUCUUUGUGAUGCUGAUAUUGCUCUCAUUGUUUUUUCUGCUUCUGGCAAGCUAUUUGACUAUUCUAGCUCAAGCAUGCAGGAGUUGCUGAGAAGACAUAACAUGAUACCAGAGGUUAAUAACUUUGGUCAGCAGCCUCCAUCUCAGCUUGAAAAGGAUGCCUAUGCUAAAUUGAGUGAAGAAUUUGCAGCCAAAACCAAAGAGCUUAAGCAUAUGAGGGGAGAGGAUCUUCAAGAUUUGGGAAUAGAAGAACUAAAGCAACUGGAGAAAUUGCUGGAGAUUGGUUUGAAUCGUGUUAUAGAGACCAAGGAUGACAAGUUUCUAAAAGAAAUUGGUGCUGGAAAGGAAAAGGAAACUUUGCUGAUGAAAGAGAAUCAGAGACUAAGAAAUGGGAUGGUAACUUUGAAUCAUAGGGAGCAAGAACAAGCAGUGAUUGGUGGGAGCUCCUUGGGGUCAAAGUCAAACACCACCAGCUCCUCACCAAACCCUAAUUCUCAUGAUUUUGAAGACAUUUCUCUUAAAUUGGGUCUGUGAAGGCACAAAGUAAGCAUCUCUUCUUUGCAGCAUCUUGACAAUGAAGUCAGGGUUCCCCAAUGGAGCUUUACUGAUCAUCACUUGACUGCCAAACCACUUAUUUAUUUGUAUAGAGAAAGAAUGUGAAAAGUAAGGCAUUCCAAUCCCAUUUCAGAGUUAUAUAAAUGAUGUUUCAACAACAAAACAAGAGUUGCAUACAUAAUUAUUAUUGUUUA